UUAUCGCGUCGAACCGCGCGGCGCGUCGCAGCAAACAAGUUAGUUGUAGUGCGUCACGGCGGGACGCGGUGAUAUUAGAAUUACUAGUUGAAAUACAGUCGCGUUUAGAACCUAGAGAGCCGCAGACAUGCGGGGCAGCACCGCCGGCCUCGCGGACACUCUCGCCAGUGGGUCCCGCGCACAUGCCGUCCUACUAGAGCUGGCUGAUGCGCUCUUCGCGAGCAUCGUCGUCGCUCCCGCCGUGGUCGCCUACUGGAAGGCGACAUGGACGCUCAUGGACUUGUACGUUUUACCGGAGAACAGUGUCGGCUCCGCGGCGAUGUGCACCGCCUUCGGAUUUUGCUGUGACUUGUUGUUUUGCUUAACGCAGAAUCAGUUGAGCAGGUACCUGUGCCCGGACCGGGGCAGGUUGACGUAUUAUGUGUUGUCGAGACUGUACACUUGCCUGGCCGGGGUGGCGUGUGUCGGGGCGUGGCGGGGGGCGUGGAACCUGCUGAACGAGUGCACGGGCGACAGCGCGAAGACGCUGCUGUCGACGACGGCAGCGGCGACGCUGUCGCUGGCGGCGCUGCGCUCGCUGCGCAACAUUUGCGCGGCGCCGUUCGCGGUGGCCGUGGACACGCCACAGGAUUACUUUGAUGUCCCAACCAUGUUUAGAACGAGUACACGAGAGACGGCGCUAUUCGUGGUAGACUGCGUGUUCUCCGUCGCUGUGGUAGGGUCGCUGGUGGUGUUCGUGUGGCGCGGCUCCUGGGCGCUGCUGGACAUGUUCCUGUUCCCCGACGACCAGCUCCGCUCCUGCUGGACCUCGCUGUUGGUGGGGUACGCGCUAGUGGUAGCCACAUUCGCCCUGCAGGCGCCGGUGCGCUGGGCGGCGGCGCGGCUCCGCGGCGCGGCGCGGCUGCUGCUGGCCGACGUGUACCAUCUCGUGUCCUUUCUCGCCACGGUCAACGUGUGGCGCGGCGUGUGGGGCUUGCUAGAUAUAUAUCUAUUCCCUGAUUCACCAAAGAUCAGUAAUUGGUGCACACACAUCGUGAGCCUCACACUCCUCAUUCUUCUGAACUGCUCCAACUCCAUUAUAGUGCGGGGCGUCUACAUCGACGGCGAGGAGCCUGCCGGCGAAUGCGUGGUCUUCCCGUGCCACUAUCUAAGGCUCUUCUUCCACAAAGAGAGAACCAAAAAGAGACACAGACAAGCACUAGCCGCGGCUGCUCUUGCGGCCAACAGGAAGAUAGAAGAAGCCAGCGUACCCUUACAAAUGCCGGAGGAAAAAGUAUAGAAAAGACAGCCAAAUCUUAGGUACACUUAUCUUUUUGAGAUUUCGGUUAUCGACGAAAGGCGAAAGGUCGGUCUUAUUAAAUAUUAAUAUUAAAUAAUUGUUGUUUAGUUGUAACGAAUUUGUAGCCGUCAGUUACCCAGUGAAACAAUAGAAUACCUACACCCUACACACAACUUUGGGAGCAAAUCAAACCACUGGGGGGCUUUGUCACUUUUUCUUUAAUAUAAUAUGACAUCUAUUUCAGUUUAUAAUAGAAUACCUCAAAUUUUAUAUUUUACACUUCAUUUUGUCUGCUAUCAAAACAUCUUCAUAAAUAUUGUAAUUCGUUUUCGUUAUGUUUGCAUCGUAGAAGAAGAUACUCAAUAAAUAAUUCGGGGUUUUAAUAGCAAUUCACUCAUUCGCUUCAGAACCGAUUUAAAUAAAUAUUUUUUUAUUUAAUAUACCUAGGCUAUAAAAAGUGUUUUCAGAUCUAUUAGCUAGAUCGGUCGAAGACUUAUUUUUAAUUUACCAGUUAUAGUUUUUAUUAACUAAAUUGGUUUUAUGUAGCCAGAUUUUAAAUAAAUCAUUUGUGAGAUAUUAUGCUAUAAGUAGGUAUUUGUAAAUAUGAUCUAUGAAAUGUAGCUAUAGGUUACAAAGUGUUCUUGUUUCCCAAGAGAGCUCGGUACUAUUUGAAUAUAUGUAGAUAAGAAAUUCAUAAUUCUUUCAAAUAGGAAAACAGUAUUUUAAGAGUAUUAUUGUAUUUUCAAUGAUACACUUUAUGUCAAUAAUCAGAAAGACUUCGAACAUUUAACCCGAAAGACUUUGAACAUGUGUAUUCCUGACGAUAUUACGAAUAUAGUACAUUGUGAUACAAGUAGGUAUGCUACGUUGGCGAUUACACACGAGGCGAUAUUGUGCGCGCUUGCUGUAAGCGAGCGCGCAAUAAGAAAGCCGAUGUGUGUAAUGACCAAUGCACACGCGUUUCAUACGACGUUUUUCAACACACUUGCGAGGAAAAAAAAAGAAAGUCAUAUUAUUCAAAUUUUAAUUCUUAAAACAGUUAGUAAGUCUAAAAUCUGUCAUACUGCCUGCCGCCCCUCGGCCCUGCCGCUGGCGGGCCGGCCGGGCCGCGGCAGGCGGUCGGCGGGGCGCCGGUGCCCGCCAGUCCGUGUUGUAAAAUCUGCUCGACAAAUUUAAGAAGGCUCCCUUUCCAUACAUAUUAUUAGCAAUGAUAGGGAUCAGUCACAGUCACGCGUGUUUAAUAUCUAGGAUUAUGAGCCUAAAAGCGGUUCAAUAACUUGCAUGUUACGAGCAAGUGUGUUGAAAAAAAUAUUCUAUCAAAAUAAAAUUCUGUUAUUAUAGUUUAGUAUUUUCUGUAACAAAAUAAUUAAAUUUCUUUCAGUAGUUUUUUCUAAACAAUACCUUGGAUCACAAAGCAGCGCAGUUACAGUCAGGGACAUUAGAUUAGGUAAUUAGAAUCAGUCUGAGUAGAAAUUAUUUCACUUGCUUAUUUUGGAAAAUAAGGAAUGUAUCGUAAACUAAUUUCAGCGGUUUUCAUCUACUAGAUAAUGAAAAUUUUCGAUUGCUUAUCAGAACCAAAAUUUAUUUUUGUGGUCAGUUAGCCGAGUUAUUUAAGUCUUCCCUGUAUACAGACAUUUUGUUUUUAAAAUCUGUAAAUAAUUUAUGUCAAACCAUACUAAAUUGUCAAAAUAUUACCUACCUACACUAAUCUGCCGUUAAUUCCGUUUUCUUAAAGUUCGAAUAAAAUUAUCUUAUACCACAUACCUACCUAUGUACCUAUACAUAUUUAUUGGCAGCUGAGCUGGAUUUACUUGUAAAUCGCUUAUUUUCUUGACAUCCAUGUUUUAAAACCUUUUUGAUGUUGAUUUUCAGACUUAUUCAAUUAAAGUACACAAAGAAUGUAUUUAUAAUUUAUUAAUCUAAUUUAGUGACUAGUCAUCUUUUAAGUGCCUACUUUAUUGUCACCAUGCAUUUUUUUUCAUAGGAUAGUUUAUAUUUUUUAUUUAUCAAAUAAUAACUACGUAUUACUUGUUAUGUAGAUUUACAUGACGACCUGAAUAUACCCAAUACGUUCACUCAUAACCAGGCAUUGUAAACUGCGAGCGAAAUCCAUUGAACUCGCUUGCGUUUAUAUGUGUGAACGGCACGUUUGUACACGCGUCUUUGUGUGCGUAAGCUGCUUAGGGCUGCCACUCACAUGUUUUUGAGUUCACGGAGCGUUGUCGUAAUACUCGUAAUGAAAAAUAUCUAAGGAAUAGAAAUAUUUUUAUUUAAAGAAACUAUUUUUAAGUUCGCAAAACUUACAUUACGCGGUUCUAUUCUUGCCAUUUCUGCCCGUCAUAUAGAUAUUAUAUUUUUUCAGAUACGAUAAAAGUGUAACAAAAAACAAAAUAUUUACGAAGGAACAAUAUAUUUGUACCUAAGUAUAGGUAGUUGAAUGUUAGCUAACAUUCACAAGUUCAACGUACCUAUCUAAAUAUUAUCACACCUUUUACACUGUUAUAUUGACGUACGGUACAUAUUUGGGUUUUCGACAAAUUUUAGUUUAAAUUAAUGUGAUUGUAGAAAACGCGUUAUUUGAUGUAUUAUCAGUAUUAUAUAGGUACAUGUUAGGUACACUACACGUAGGUAUAAGUAUUAUUAAGUACAUAUAAAAAUAAACUUCUUUAUUUCUCCAAUUUGAUAGGCACAUAUACAUCGCACAAUACAUCGGCAUUUUGAACGUUCCGUCAUCGCGUGACCGCGUCGCUAACCGAACUGAGCGGCCGGCGAAAAGCCAGCAAUCUGGUGUCGCGGGGAUAUAUGAUGAUAAUUUAUUGAUAAUACUAUUACUUAUUCUGUGACUUUGACUUGACUUGACAACCCUAGUACUUCAAUGGAUUUCGCUCGCAGUCGCAGUUUACGAUGCCUGCUCAUAACUCAUAACUAAACAUUAGGUACCUACCUGCUUCUUAUAGAUACACAUUUUUAUACGUAAGUUGUACGUAAGUAACCGCUGGCAUUUUCACAUAAUUCAGCAUAUGUUAAUCUAUCUUCUACAUAUUAUAUAUAUUUAUAUAUAAUAUCUGGGAGACCGAGCUUUGCUCGGAAAACAUAUAAAAACUCAAAAAUGCGCGUUUUCUCAAAGAUAAGUCCUAGGUAGAUCGAUUUUUCGCCCCCGAAAACCCCCGUUUCCUAGAUCCCCGAAAUAUAUAAUUAUAUAGAUAGAUUAAUACAAGAAUUCUCGUUUAAAGGUAUAAGAUAUACUCGUAUAAAUGCGUGUAUCCUGACUGAUUGACUAACUGGCUGACUCAUACCAGAACCGAAACUACAAAUGCUAGAAAGUUGAAAUUUGCAUACGGUUGCAUUUGUAAUGUGUACAAGAAAUAAAAAGCGAUUUUGAGAAAUUCAACUCCUAAGGGGGUUAAAAGGGGGAUAAAAGUUUGUAUGGGGUUCAACUUUUAUUUUAAGCUGGGAGCUUGAAAUUAAAUAAUAAGGUAUUUUAUUAAAAAAAAAAAACAUUUCAGCGUUUUUGAAAAUUCAUUCCCUAAGGUGCUGAAAAAGGGGUUGAAAGUUUGUAUGGAGAUCAAGCGAAGCGAAGCGAAGCGAUAUGCGGCGCGGGGUGAAUACCUAUAGAAGUGUCCUACGUGGGCGAUCUCGUUGCGAACGCCGUGGGCCCGCCGCGCCGCGCCGCUUCGCUUCGCGUUCGCGAGUUGUUCGCUAACGUAAGACGCUGCGUUAGAAAGGCUGAUUAAAAGAAAAGGGAUUUAAACAUUUUUGGAAAUUCAACCCCUAGGGGGGUUAAAGGGGAUGAAAGUUUGUAUGGGGUUCAAGUUUUAUUUUGAAAUAGUAAGUUGAAAUUUUGUAAAAAGGUAUUUUAAUAAAAUAGAAGAAAAUGAUUUUACAAAUAUAAUCUAACUAAACUAACGCUGACGCAAAGAAGGAACCAUUUCAAAAUGUCGGGUGUUGUAAAAAUUCCGUUUUCUAUUUGCGUGAAUUUUAAGGAAAACUAAUACACGUCGAUACAUUUAUAUUUAUGUAAACAAAUAAAUUUAUGACAGACUAAUGCUAAGUCUCUCGUGUACAUAGAUUUUUAUUGUAAUUAUUAAGCUGUCCUUGUGACA